AUGGGGUUUCCAACUUUGUGGCGUAAGUGUAUGAAAGAAUGUGUUAGUACUGCAACUGUUUCGGUUCUGGUUAAUGGCACCCCUCCUGAUGAGUUUCAAAUGCAACGGGGACUACGUCAAGGCGAUCCUCUCUCGCCUUUUCUUUUUCUUCUAGCAGCCGAAGGUUUGAAUGUUCUAAUGACUUCAACAGUAAAUUCAAACCUUUUUACUGGUUACUCUAUAGUAAUGCAUUCCCCCACUGUGCUUUCCCACUUGCAAUUCGCUGAUGACACGUUUCUGCUAGGUGUCAAGAGCUGGGCGAAUGUUCGCGCCUUGCGGUCAAUCCUUGUGAUUUUUGAGAAUAUGUCUGGCUUGAAGGUAAACUACAACAAGAGCAUGUUGGUUGGUAUUAACAUUGUUGAAUCUUGGUUACAGGAAGCCGCUUCUAUUUUGUCUUGUAAACUUGGUAAAACUCCAUUUAAGUAUCUGGGGCUGCCCAUUGAUGGUGAUGCUAGACGUCUCUGUUUUUGGGAUUCGGUUUUAGAGCGUCUAAGAUCUAGAUUCUCGAAAUGGAAAAAUAGAAAUUUAUCUUACAGUGGUCGAUUGAUUCUCCUUAAGUCUGUGCUAUCUUCACUGCCUGUCUACGCCCUUUCUUAUUUCAGAGCUCCCGCAAGGACAGUGUCGGUCAUGGAGAGAUUUAGGAGGUUGUAUGAUUUAUCGAUUCAUAAGGACCUGUCAGUGGGAGAGAUGAACAUUUUGGGUUGGGUUGAAAAUGGAGAGGCUUGGAGGUGGAGGCGACGUUUGUUAGCUUGGGAGGAAGAGUUUGUAAUGGAGAUUUGGAAUUUGCUUACCAAUGUUACUUUGCAAGAUACUGAAUCAGAUGUCUUGCUUUGGUGGCCCAACAUUGGUGAUGGGUACACUGUUCGUGGUGUGUAUCAAAUGCUCAUGCGGCAGGAGAUGCACAACUAUGACGUUGUUUCGGAUGCUCCGUGGCAUAAGAGUGCUCCUUUGAAAGUCUCUAUUUGCGCGUGGCGUCUUCUCCGCAAUAGAUGGCCAACAAAGGAUAACUUGGUGCGACGAGGUGUUAUUUCUCAUGAUUCUCAAUUAUGUGUUACAGGUUGUGGACAAAAUGAAACAAUAGACCGCUUAAUUAUUCGUUGUCCUAUUUUUGGUGAUCUCUGUCAACAAAUUAAAACUUGGAUUGGCGUGUUUUCUGUGGAUCCUCAUCAGGUUUUGGACCAUUAUUAUCAAUUUGUUUAUUCUUUAGGUGGUUAUGCUACAAGAAUGUCUUUUCUUCAUUUGAUUUGGCUUUGUGGUAUUUGGGUUCUUUGGAAUGAAAGAAAUAAAAGACUGUUUGUCAACACAGCUAAAACAAAAGAGCAACUUCUUGAGAAGGUUAAGAUUACAUCUCUCAAAUGGUUGAAAACAAAAAAUGUGUGCUUUCCUUUUGAUUAUCAUUUGUGGUGGCAGCGUCCCCUUGCUUGUUUAGGGAUUGGCUGA